AUGUGGACUACUCAUCCUCGCUAUUCUAAGAUUGUUUCUGGAGUUUGGAAUCAAAGAAUUGACGGUUCUAAGAUGUUUCAAAUUGUAACUAAGCUGAAGCUAUUAAAGGGAGCUUUUAAAGAGCUUAAUCGGCAGCAUUUUUCUAACAUACAAAAUGCUACUGAUGAAGCAAAGAAGGAGCUCCUUGAAACUCAGCUGAAAUUACAAUCUGAUCCUCUUAAUUCAGACCUCAUUGCUACAGAAAUUGCUGCUCGUAUGAAAUAUGGGCAGCUCUUGAAGGGUCUCAACUCCUUUUUGCACCAAAAAUCCAAGGUUUCUUGGAUUAAAAAUGGAGAUGACAACACAGCCAUCUUUCAUGCUAGUAUCAAGGAAAGGAGAAGGUCUAACAGUAUUCUUUCCAUUGAAGACCAACAAGGAGUACGAACUGAUAAAGCAAAUGAAAUCUCAGCUGCUUUCCUUUCCUUUUAUCAGCACCUGCUUGUCUCUAAAAUGGAAGGUAGGAGGAAGGUUAACAGAGAAGUGAUGAUGCUGGGGCCUCUUGUAAGCAAAGAACAAUCAGACUUGUUGCUGCAAGAAUUUUCCAAAGAAGAUGUCAAGAAAGCCAUAUUUGCAAUCCCGGGAAUCAAAGCACCAGGUCCAAAUGGCUACACUAGUUUAAGUGACUUCCGUCCUAUUGCAUGCUGUAAUGUCAUUUAUAAAACCGCCACUAAACUCAUUUGUACAAGGUUGAAAGCAAUUCAUCCUGAUAUGAUUGCACAAAACCAAGGUGGAUUCAUCUCUGGGAGGUUUAUUGCCCAUAACAUCAUGAUUUGCCAGGACUUGAUCAGACAUUAUGGAAGGGAAAAGGCCAAGGCUAGCUGUAUGAUUAAACUUGAUCUUCAGAAGGCGUUUUCACUCAUGUUCAAUGGUUCUCUGCAUGGAUAUUUUGAAGGGAAACGGGGAUUAAGACAGGGAGAUCUGAUGUCACCACUGCUCUUUGUUCUUGGUAUGGAAUAUCUUUCAAGAAUAAUGAUGAAGAUUAGAGCUAAACAAGAGUUCAAGUUUCAUGACAGAUGUGCUGAACUCAAACUGAAUCACCUGAUAUUUGCAGAUGAUGUUAUACUAUUUUGCCAUGGUGAUUAUAAGAGUAUUUACUAUAUGUUACAUGGGCUUAAAUUGUUUUCAUGUACUUCUGGGCUGCAGCCGAAUCCUAAUAAAUCAGCUAUAUACUGCUGUGGCAUGGAGGACACUGAAAUGCAACACAUUCUUGAUUGCUCGGGUUUCACCAAAAAAGAGGUACCUUUCAAAUAUUUAGGUAUCCCUAUUUGUGCGUGUAAUAUCCGCUAA